AUGCAUACUGUCACGUACGCAAGUGUCCUUAAUAUAGGAAAUUCUAAUUGUGAAUUCGAUACUACUGAUAUUCCUCUGUGUAUUCCGCAUUGCAUGUUCUCUGUAGUUGUUAUCUGUACACCUAAACAACUUCAAGAAUUUAUCCAUUUUGGCAUAGAGUGUACUAAAUAUAAUUCUGUUACUGGCCUUUUUAAAUUUUCAACUUCUGGAAAGAUGAUGGUCGAGGCAACGAAUAUUGAUUACUUAAGAACUUCAAAUGUUACUCAUAAUACGUAUGAAAAUUUUUCUUCAAAUUUUAGUACACAAUCGAUUAUUGAUAUUAUUGCUGACGAUAUUGAAUCUAUCACCACUAAUGCUCUAAAAACUGUUGAUUCUACAAUUACUUUGGCUAAUCAUAAUAUCACAGUUACUCCAGGUCCAUCAAAAAAUUUGGUAAAUAUUCCAAUUCCCUACGUACAAAUUGAAUCACUCUAUGAAAGAAAAAAACAAAAAAAGCUAUUAGAUUAUACUGAUUUAGAUACGCAAGAAGAAGAGCAAUUGAGUUAUAAAGAUGAUGAAAAAACUAAAGAAUUAGACAAAGAUAAAAUUUCGCAGAAUAAAAGUGAAGAAGAAAGUCAACCUAAAAAAAGAAAAAGAAAUAUUAGAAUAACUACGAAGGAAAAAAAAGAAAAGCGAAAAAUAAAUUAA